ACCGCCCUGUGGUUACCGCUUGCAUAGACUAUUAUUGCUGGUUGGUUACCUAGACCCCGCCUUUUCCCCAUGACGUCACCGACCCCAAGCUUUGUGUCAAAUCAAGCUCUGGUAGUUGGGGGGCACGAGACGCGGAGGGCUCGUGCGCUAGGUUUUGAUCGUUUAAAAUAUGUAAUGUCAGGAAAAAAAUUUAAACACCUCAGACAAAACAGAUAUAAAAGAUUGAUCUCCAUCUAAUAACAGUCACGUUAACGGAGUUUAGGACAUCAGUGUGGCUGAAUUUUGAACAGAAUAAUUCGGAAGAAAUAGUCCCGCAUUGGAAGAUGACCAGCAUGCAUCCCGGUCGAUCUCUCUGAAGCAUCGUUUAGUUGUCUUUAAGAGUGUGUUGCAAUGAGCUGGGCCGGGGAAGACUGGACUCUGGGUCUGAGUGGUCAGGUCCUACAGAAUGUGCAACAGCUUCAGUGUCAGAAUGAGAAGCUGAAUAAGGAAAGACUGCAGAGACAACUGCAGCUGGAUAACUCUGAGGCAGCUCUGUACAAACAGAAACAGAAGUUUGAGAAUGUGCGUGUGGAGCUGGCUGUGCUUCAGAGGGAGCUGGGUGGAGUGCGUGAGGCAACACAGGCAGAGGUACAGGUCAGAGAGCGUCUGGCUCAUGAGCUGCAGGUCAAAACGAGUCAAGUGUACUCGCUGGAGGGCCAACUCGAAUCUGCCAAAAACCUGACACAAAGCCUCAUACAAGAGAUCAAGCGGCUUGAGGCAGAACUGAAAAAGCUGCAGAUGGAAAAUGGCUCUGGGGACUCCAUGUUGUUUUCCACACCUUGUUGGAACAUGAGCUCUCCCUGGGACCUCAAUGGUGAUUUCAAAAUAGAGGGUGAAAACAAAUCACAGCAUGUCAGACAGCAGCUGCAGGUUGGAGACAUCCCCAAGCCUUCACUGGGCGGGGUAUCCUCACCGUUUCCACAACAACCACAUAAAUCCCCACCCCUUCGGCACAACAUCCACCAAUCAGAAACAUCCUCGCCCUCUUCUGUGUUUUCAUGGGAACGUGAGGAUUUGUGGUCUACUCCCAAAGGACGACCGGCUUCCUGUGUUAACUCCAGUGAUAUCAUAAUGAAGAGCAAUGACUCAGGGAUUGAGGAGGCCUUGAGGAAAGUGAUAAAGGAGCUGCAUGUACGGAUGUCUGAACUGCAGCGUGAGGCUCAGCUGGAGUCUGAGCAUUUGAAGGAGGUGGAGUCUCGUCUGGCUCAGACUCACAGAGAGAUCAGCAGUAAAGGACAGUGUCUAACACUCACUCAAGAUCAACUGACCCGCGCACAGACCCGUAUCACACUGGAGAGCGACCGGGCUCAGGCAGCUGAGCAGAGAGUAAAGCAGCUUCAGGAGGAAUUGAAGUGUCAGAGGCAGAAUGCUGAAACCAGCCGCUGUAAUGCAGAACAGCGUAGGAAAGAUGGGGAGAGAGAUCACCAGAGGGAGCUGUUGGAGCUGCAGAGAGAGAGACAGACUCUGGAGCGACAACAUCAGCAGGAGAGCAACAGACUCAACCAGGAGAUCCAGAAGGCCAGAGCACUGCAUAACACACUGCAGACGCAGUACGACAAGGUGUGUUUGCAGAAACAGGGUUUGGAGAGAGAUCUAGAGGAUGGGAGAGGGAAACUGAAGAAUACAGAGAGUGACCUGAAACAGAGUCAGAAGAGAGAGAUGCAGACCGAGGCCAAACUCACGGAGGUGCUAAGGGAGAGUGAGAGUCUAACUGUGUCUCUGGGGCAGAUGAAGAAACAGGAAAAAGCUCUGCAGGAGGAGGUGAAAAGACUGAUCGAGGAGCUUGCUGAGGCCCACAAGCUUAUUAAAGAACUGCAGGCUCAGCUGGCUGCUCCUCCUCCAGCAGUGUCUGCUCCUGAGUUCAGCUCUGCAGGAGACUGCUUCUCACCCUCCAUUUCCCUCCACCAUGACCGCUCUCCUCCAUACCAACACUCUACUCAGAGAAAGAGAGCCCUAAAAACAGGGCUAACAAGAGAAGAGGAGAGGAUGAAAUACCCCUCUGGGAGAGAGCCAGGAGAGGGCAUUGAUACUGAGCUCAUCAGGAACUUUGAGUCUGAGGAGUCAAGAAAUAUAGCACACCAAAGUGGAUCUCUCAGAAUGAGUGAAACUGAUGUGGACAUCUCAGUUACAGAACAAGACACCGUUAUAGAGAACAUGGACUCAUUCCUGUCCUAUUCAACUAAUGCCACAAUGCCUAAAAGUGAAUCGGACAUCUCUUGCAACCUACGGACAGAUGUCAGAAAUGACAUGUCAUGUUACAAUAUAAAAUGUGACUCCACAUCUCUAAAAGCCCUGAAGGAGAAUGCAGAGCUCCGUGAUGAACUUAAAGAGGUUAAAUAUGAGCUUCAGAAGCGACUUGAGGACCUCGAGACCCAGAGGAGGGCAGAAACAGAGGCCAGGACCAAACUGAAACAGCUGAGCCGGAAACACUUGAUCCAGACAGAGCAGCAAUGCUCCAAAUCUCUUGAGCUCAAAGACAGCAUCGGCAAGUUGGAGACCCAACUGGAGCAAGAGAAGAAAGAGACCACAAUGUUGAGAGAAUCUCUUGAUGUGUUCGAAAGAGAUGCAGAAAAGAGACAGGAAGAGAAGAAGAAAGAUGAUGAAGAGGGGACCAGGUUGAAAGAAGUCUUGGCUGAGAUGCAGAAAAAGGAGACAUCCAUGGAGAAAGAGAUGAUGGGAAUGAAAAAAGAGCUAGAAGACCUUCAGCUCAAGCUUGCACAGGAACAAGAGGAAAGAGAGUCAGAGAGAGAAAAGGAGAGGAAGAAAAUCAGAAGAGAAGAGAUGGAAGGACUAAAGAUUGCACAGCUUCAAGAAGAGCUGGACAAUCUUUGCAAGUCUGGGAGUUUAGAAGAGAAGAUCUCAAAAGACAAUGUUCCUGUGACAUAUUUACAACUAGAACACCACUCAAGCAUGGAUAAGAAAGCUGCUCUUGUAGAAAAUGAUAUGCAAGAGUCCAUCUGUGACUCUGUGAACUUUCAGAACACUUUGGUCUGCAAAGAAACCAGAAAAAUAGAGGUGAUUAUGGAUCUUGGAGCACAAAGUAAACCUACAGAACCACCAGGGACAACCACAGAGGGCAAGAUCUCAACCACCGAUAUAACAGAAGCUGCAGAUAUGGACAGCACUACCAUUUUAGUUUUGGAGGUAGAGCGCUUGAGGGCUGCGAGAGACCAGGAGGCAGAAAAAGUGAAGCUAGUCCAAGGAAAGCUGGAAGACCUUCAGAAGCAAGUGACCAAAGAGACCAAGCACCUGACCCAAGCUUUUGAAAGCCAAAGCAGACAUAUUGAGAACCUCCUGAGAGAGCUGCAUGAUAAAGAAUGCAACCUCCAGAGGCAGGGUGAGGAACUGCAAAAAUGUCAAGAGAUAAUCAGUCUUUUGGAAGAAGAAACGCACACAAGAGAGGAUAUCAUCCUCAAAGAGGCCUCUACACAUCCUGAAACAUCUACAGAGAUCACUAGAGAAUUAAGCAGCGAUUCCGUCUUCAGCAACACAAGCUUUAGUGACCAUGAAAUAUUUAAUGACGAUACGCUGCAUAUUUUGAAGGAGAAGGUCUUGCAGCCUAGACUGCAGCUGCCCAUUGAACACUCCGUUUAUCGAACCGUUGAAGAAACGAACACUAGUAAUAUAUCUCAUAAACUACAAGCAGCGACUGACGUUUCUGAGCUGCAUGAAUUAUGUGUAACUUCAGACAUACAUUGUGGAAGUACUCCAACUUCUGGCACAAAUUCUGAAGCACAGGCACUUUAUCAAAUUCUUGAUGAGAAUGGCAAGGAAUCAGAAUACUCCACUGUAGCAAAUUCUCACAUGCAAACUGAACAGUCGGGAGUUCUGAACCUCCAACAUGACAUUCAAGAACACUCCACAGAUGAUGUUAGUGAACUGGAAAAGGUAACGAAGGAAUUACAAGAUGCUCAACUUCAACUGAAUGUGAUAAAGGAUCAGAAUGAUGAGCUUGCUCUUGAGGGAGACGUAUCAAAGGAAGAGCUGCUGUUCGUUAGGCAAGAAAAUGAAGGAUUGAAAUUUAGACACUUGGACAAAGACACUUGUACUGACAGUAUCGCUGAACAAAAUGUUGCCUUACCUUUGAUCAACACUGAAAAAAAUGGUCUGUCUGGAACAAAUACAGAACAAAUACUGAACAGCACCCCCUCAGGACAGGAGGUGUCUGUUGUACUUGAUGAAAACUCUAAAGAUGGAGAAAUUGAGAGAAUGAAAGGUACAGAAGAGAGUACAGGAUGUGAAUAUGACCACUCAUGUAAAGCAGAGGUUGACUCUCUUCAGGAGCAGAUACAAGCAUUGCAAGCUCAAAUCCAGCACCUCUCUGAGCAGAACAGAACACAAGCUGAAAAACUAGAACUCUGGAAGAUCUCAGCCAUGGGGGAAACUGCUGGCAGCAACUCCCCCACCAUCAUGCUUAAAGAGUUUGACAUUUUCCUUCCCUGCAGACUCACCAAGCUGGACACACAGACGAGGACCAUUAUGCACCAGUGCACUGUCACAGACAUGACAUAUCGAUGUGGAUUGAAGGAUGUGAUUGACCAGACCAACUCUGGGGAACAUGUGUCAACCGAAACUCAAAUGAUGAAUGAUGUGAAUGAAUCUCAGGGAUCUGCAGAGGACCUCUUGACUGCAAAUGAGAUGAUCAAAGAAAAUGCUCAACAUGAAUGUCAAAGCAACUAUGUUAUCCACAGUAACCAAAGUCCUCCAGUCUGUAACGCUAAAGACAAACUGUCAAUUCUUCAGACCGAACAAACAGAUGAUGUUAAAUCAGAGGUGCAGAGGAUUGCCUCAAUGACUUGGCAUCAGACAAAAGCAGUUGUAACUAGAGAAAACGGCCACAAAGAUGCUUUAAUCAAUGUUCCCUUCCAAACCAAAGUAAUCAUCGCAAAGCCAACCACAGAGUCCAAUGGGACUGAAGAUUCCCAGAUUUCUGCCCCAUUCGUUUCUGGACAUAAUGAGGUUGAAACUAUGGAAACUGCUGCUUUGAAUCAACACGGCCAUUGCCAAGGAGACACUACAGAUCAACAGAACAACUAUCACACUGCUGUAGAAGUUUCUGUACCAAGCCUGAAUGACUCUAACGCUGCUCAGGGUGAAAGGGCAGAGGCCAGCAAGAUCACUGGAGAUGCUAACAGAAUGGAAGUCAGAGAGGUGUCCACACAGACAGAGGAGAGCAGAGAUUUGCGUUUCUUCAGUGGCACUCUAGAGAAACAACCUCUACUCCACACCAGCACCCAGACAGAUGGAGCAGAGCUGGAGACUGAAGAAGAUUAUAAUGAGCCUGCUGUCUCACCACUCCUCCCUCCGACCCCACAAUCUGUUACAAACCAACUGCUUUUUUCCAAGGCGUUCCCUGUGAUUGACCCAGCUCACCUCGCAGAACGCAUCCGACAAAACCGCAACCGCAUUUCUGCUGCUUACGAUGACACAGAAUAUGAACCGUAUGGCCUACCUGAGGUCGUUAUGAAAGGAUUUGCUGACAUCCCCAGUGGGCUGGCUUGUCCAUACGUCCUGCGUAGGGGGCUACUGGGCACUGUUGCAAUGCUCCUCCCACGCAGACAGGCCACGCCCCAGGAAGAAAAUGAAGACAUUGAGCCAUAGUACUAACUCACAUGCAACUAGUACACUCCCAUUGGCUGUUCUGUUGGAAUGGAAGGAAUUUCACUGCCUCUUUAAGUGUCAAUGGACCUCCUCUGCCCUCCUCUGCUCAUCGCAGGGCACUUACUUUUUAGUUUCUGGGCUUUCCCAAUGCUUUUUUUUUUUUUUUUACAAGCUGAAAAUCAAUGCCUUAAUGUGUAUAUUGAUGUCAUACAUUUUUGUUUGAAUAGUGGAGGCACAUUUGCUUAAAAACUGUUGUAAUAUAUUUUGUUUGUGUAGAGGUGAUGUUAGCCACUCUUUUAGAAGACUUGAAGUAUGUCAAAAGCCUUAUUUAUUGACAGACACUGCUUGUAGAUUUUCGUUUAUGCAUUACCCUGUGAGAGAGUGUGUGUCUGAGAGUGUGUGUGGUAUGACUCAGAUCAACCUGAGCCUGUUUCCAAUCCUUGUAUGGUGAAUCAGUGUGAGACUGUUUGUCUCUCUCUUUCUCUGUCAUCCAACAGCUUUACAACACACAGUGUAGUAUUUAUGUUUUGAUUUGAGAAAUGGACACGCAGUUUAGAUUUAUUUAUUUAAAUUGAUUCAGAGGGGUCUGUGUUCUUUUAUGCUUCUGUAUAUUUGUGUUGUUUACAUAUUUGCUUUCAUGCCUGUUUUUUCUAAAUGUGAAAUGGUUUGUAGGAUUUUCAGUUUGGUAUGUUUACUUAAUAAACUUUGUAA